AUGUUGAACGACGCAAAAGAGUGCUUUGGACUUCAAGGAAUAGAGCUCCACCCUGUGACUGAUGCUGGAUCAAAUGUCCAACGAGCGAUUCGACUUGCGGAUCUAGACUCCCAUUUGUGCUUAGGCCAUGGUUUACAUGACCUGGUGACUGUAGAUGGAAUUGACAGUGUACCCGAAUUAUCAUCAUUGGUCAAAAAAUGCAAAAAGAUAGUCAAGACGGUUCGCUAUCGUUUACCAGAGUUAGAACGUUCUGCAAAAGAACAACUAAAAGUUUUACAAUCUAUGGAAGAAGUAUCAAACCAUUUAGAAAUGGAUGAAAAUCAGCCAAUUGUUAAUGAAGAGCCCGAACCAUAUUUGGUUUCCGAAUCGCAAACCAUCAGCGAUGAAUUCAGUAACAUAAAUCAUGUGCCGACUAUCAAAACUUCUUUGCCAACUCGUUGGCAUAGUGUGCUAGCUAUGCUGGAAAGUCUGGCACAUUUUUGUAACAGAGAACCAGUUAAUAACAUAUUGUCAGAGAUAGGAAAGAGUGAUCUAAAAAUUUGUCAAAGGGAGUGGAACCUAUUAGAAGAUCUUGUCAGAUUUCUACGCAAAUUCCGUGAAGUCGUAGAAAUGUUAUCAACACAGAAGGCAACUUCACUGAAUUUAGCACUGGUGUUGAAUUUGGAAAUCAGGGAUAUCCUUCAUUCAGUGACAGAUGAAGAAACGCUUGUAAUGGUUCAGCUCAAGAACAAAAUGCUGGCAAAGUUAGAAAAAAGAUUCCCAAUCACUGAAAAAGUUGUAGUUGCGGCGCUGUUGGAUACUCGGUUUAUAAGCCUGACUCAAAUAGAUACGUACUUGGAACAAAAGAAUAGUACACGUGCUGCAUUGCUCGCUAAGUACUUAAAAAAAGAUAUUGACGUUUCAAGAGUAUCCGCGACCGUGGUUGCUGCUCCUAAUGCUAGUUCUAGCUCUGCCGAUGAUUCUUUAUUGGCAAAGUUAACACGCAAACACAGCAGUAGCACCACACCCAGCGUAAACAUAAAUCUUGAAUGUAGCGAAGCUGAUCAGGAGUGCUGCCGCUACUUGACAGCAGCUACUGCAAACGAUGUCGUAAAUGAAGACAUUUUACAAUACUGGAGGGGGAACAAGGAAGCUUUUCCUCUUCUAACUGGACUUGUAAGGGCUAUUCUCGCAAUUCCAGCUACCAGCACACCCAGUGAGAGGGUAUUUUCUAUUGCUGGCCUUACCGUAACUGCGAAAAGAUCGCGACUUAGCCCAGGACGCGUGAAUAAAAUUAUUUUUAUUCAUAACAAUUACGAUUUGUGUAAAGAUAAAGAACACACACAGUAA